AUGAUCCGGAAUAUAGUAGACUGUGGGUCAUAUGGGUAAACUCAGUUUCAGUACUUCUCAGAACCUAUAGUGAUGUUCAACAUGAAGCAAACAAAGUAACCUUUGAAGGCCUAUACCAUCAGGCUUGUCGGGACAAGGUGUUGAAAGUCCUUGCUGUUGCUCCUGGAGAAACGAGACGGGAUCUGGAUCUGGUGCAUGGUGAGAUCUAUUCACGUCGAUAUCUGAGGAACAUUCUCUGGUGCCAGGACCAUUCUGGAUUUGCAGACGUGGCUGCUUUGUAG